AUGGCUCAGAAGGAGAGAACACUGUUAGCUGUCAUUGGAGACGAGGAUACAGUGACUGGUGUCCUCCUCGCUGGAAUUGGCCACGUCGAUGAACGACAAAAAAAGAACUUCUUGGUAGUUGAUAGUAAAACGCAGGUCUCCGUCAUUGAAUCGACAUUUCAGGAGUUCACUGAGCGGAAUGAUGUUGCCAUCCUGCUCAUCAAUCAACAUGUUGCCGAGAAGAUUCGACCCACAGUUGACCGAUACACCCAGGCGUUCCCCGCGUUACUUGAAAUACCGAGCAAGGAUCACCCAUACGAUCCUGACAAGGAUUCCGUACUAAAGCGUGUUCACAAACUCAUCGGAGAAUAA